AUGAACAGCCAGAAUCUUGGCCCUGCAGUAUACGAUCGAGACCGCGAGAUGGACGAUCGACACCGAGCCUUACAACAACGCGAGGAGAUGGCCCGUCGGGACCAGGAACGAGAACGAGAGCGCGAUCGGGAUCGCGACCGGGAGUCUAACGAACGAUACCAGUCAACACCUCACCACAGCAGCGCUGGCUCCAUCCCUAUUCACCAGCCGGUCGCGUCGCGGAUCUCUGGUGCAAUUCACAGUCCCGGUGGACUUCUUGCGAAUCAUAACGGAAAUCCCCAGAUUCCUCUGGGUACCCCAUCAUCAGGUGGUCCCCUGGCCGCCUUCGGAGGGCCGCUUCAGAACGAGCAUAACAGACCGGUUCAGCACGGUGGACCUAAUAAUAACAACACUCAACCGCAAAUGUUUGCGCCGAUGCCGCACGCCGCUGGACCCCCAACAUCUGCACAAUCCGCUGCGAGCAGCGUUGCAGCAGUUUUUGGUGGUCCUUUACAGCAGCAGCCUCAGGAGGGCCAGCGCGGGGCCCAACAGGGCGCGCCAUUCAACCCAGGCGCUGCGUCGGCAACUCAUCAGCUUCCUGGUGGGAUCACCCAAGGACAGCAGCCUAUUCUUAACGUGAGUACAAUUUGA